UCCUAUGUUUCUGUGCGUCGUGCUCAGGAGGAAUGGCAGAGGCGAUUCCAAUUAACCAGGACCUUUUUAUCUGUCCGAUUUGUUUAGAUCUACUGAAGGAUCCAGUGACUGUUAACUGUGGACACAAUUACUGCGCGGGCUGCAUUAAGGGCUGCUGGGAUCAGGAAGAUCAGAAGGGAGUUUACAGCUGCCCACAAUGCAGACAGACAUUCAGUCCAAGACCUGUUUUAAACAAGAAUAAUGUUUUUGCUGAGCUUAUCGAACAGUUCAGGAAGACCAGAAUUCAAGAUACCGCUUCUUCUCAGUCUUUUGCUGGACCUGGAGAUGUGGAGUGUGACAGCUGCACCGGGAGAAAACUGAAAGCCGUCAAGUCGUGCCUGGCGUGUUUGUUGUCGUACUGUGAGACUCAUCUCCAGCGCCAUGACGAACUCUCAGGGAAAAGACACAACGUGGUUGAUGUCACAGGUCAGCUACAGGACAAGAUCUGCGCUCAACACCAGAAGCUCCUGGAGGUAUUUUGUCGCACGGAUCAGAGUUGCGUCUGUGUGCUAUGUUUGGUAGAUGAACACAAAGGCCAUGACACGGUUUCAGCUGCAGCUGGGAGAACGGAGAAACAGAAGGAGAUGGAGGAGACCAAGGGGAAACUCCAACAGAGUCUCCAGGAGAGAGAGAAGGAGCUGCUGGAGCUGAGGAAGGCUGUGGAGACUCUCAAGAGCUCUGCACAGACAGCAGUGGAGGACAGUGAGAGGAUCUUUACUGACAUGAUCCGCUCCAUUGAGAGAAGGCGCUCUGAGGUGACAGAGCUGAUCAGAGCUCAGGAGAAGGCUGAGGUGAGUUGGGCUGAAGGACUCCUGAAGAGACUGGAGCAGGAGAUUGCUGAGCUGAAGAGGAGAGAUGCUGAACUGGAGCAACUUUCACACACAGAGGAUCACGUCCAUUUCCUCAAGAAUUUUCAGUCAGUCAGCCCUCAGUCUCAGUCUGAGGACUCAUCCAGCACCUCUGUUAGCCAAAGCUGGUCUUUUGAGGCUGUGAAGAAAUCUGUUUUCACACUGAAGGGGCAGCUGGAGGAUUUCUUAAAGCAGGAAGUCAUGAAGACCUCUGCAGCAGUGUCUGAUGUCCAAGCUGUUUUUACUGAGCCAGUAACCAGAGGGGAGUUCUUAAAGUACUCCUGUCACUUCACACUGGAUCCAAACACAGCACAUAGACUCCUCCACCUGUGUGAGAAGAACAGGUGGGUGGAGUGGAGAAAAAAGCUCCAGGCAUAUUCUGCUCAUCCAGAGAGAUUUGGUUAUUGGGAUCAGGUGCUGUGUAGAGAGGGUGUGUCUGGACGCUGCUACUGGGAGGUGGAGUGGAGUGGGCGGGUUGAUAUAGCAGUCUCCUAUAAAAACAUCAGCAGGAAAGGAGAGGGUGAUGAGUGUAGGUUUGGAUGUAAUGAUCAGUCCUGGAGUCUGGACCUCUCCAGCUUCAGCUGCUCUUUCUAUCACAAUGAUGAAGGGACUAAACUCCCUCUAGUGGCCAGCUCCAGAAUAGGAGUGUAUGUGGAUCAAAGGGCAGGAACUUUGGCCUUCUACAGCAUCUCUGACACAAUGACCCUCCUGCACAGAGUCCAGACCACAUUCACUCACACACUCUACCCUGGGUUUGGAUGUUAUGAAAAUGGCUCAUCAGCGAAGCUGUUGUGAUCUCACACCACAAACAGCAGGACAGCAAUGUCAAGACCCCAGACACAGGUAGAUGCUGCUAGCACAUCCACACACACACAUACACCACACACAUAUCACAUUUCAUCAGCACACAUAUAAGCCUUAACCCACAUGUAAAGAUCUGAGAUACUUUGUUCUUGGGGAAAACAAAAGACUAAAACCACUCCCUCAUCUCUGGAACCCAGCAGACAUUACAGCUUCUGCACCUCUGGACCUCUGCUGGAGCAUCAGCACACCACACAUAACCUAUUGGGUGGGAAAUGUGUUGAUGAGCCCAGUGUUCCCCUCUGAUCCUCUCCCACAAUCCAUUUCCUCUCCGUCCUGCUCCCUCUAACCCUCCUUCCCCUCCCCCAGGGUUUCAGGCUUUUAGUCCCUCCGUAAUUGGACAUGUGUCUGAUGGAAAGUCUGAUAUGAAGAAAGUUAUAUUUCACUGACUAGAAGGAAAUCUUUUUGCGACAGCUCUAUUUGACAAUCUUUUUAGAAUAAUUAAAAAAGAUAAUGCAAUUAAAUGUACUUCGGCCUUGUGAUGUGUAUUGGGUUUGAUUGUUUAUGUUAAAUUCACAUAUUAAAUAAAUACUGUAAAUAUUACUAAAUACCUUCUCUCUAUCAGGAGUUCAUAUGUAGACUGGGUGAACGCAGCCCGUAACAAAACACUCCAGAACAAUCUGUCUGAACCCAGAUCAGAAUGUUGAAAUCAUCUUUGUUCUGUGGGAGUUAUAAUACCUCCAUGGUGUUCUGUGGGAGAGCAGAGACUCACCCUGAGUGUCUGCAUGUGUGCAAUGAAGCUGAUGUGUGUGUCUAAUGGUAUGUGAUGUUGGUGGCAGGGGUAGAUGUGUAGGGCCUGAUGGACCCGCAGUGCAUUCUGGGCCAGACGUACCCUGUAAUAGUGUGUGUUUAUGCCCACCGGCUCCAUCACCAGCAAUCGUCAAUCACCACACACCACACACACACACACACACACACACACACAAAGUUUUGCUACUCUCCAUAAUGUAGAUUGACCAAUAUUUUAAAUUGGUCACUGUUAAACUUAACUAUUGUAUUGUUGGUUAUUUGUGUGUUGCUUUGGACAAAAGCAUCUGCCAAAUCCCAUAACCAUAAUUAUAACCAUAUCCAUUACUAUCCAUAUCCAUAUUCAUGACCAUAUCCAUAACCCAGCACUGGUGGU